CCAGCCUCUGCCUGCAUUCUUCUGAGCCACCCAAACCUCUAGGCAGCCUGGAUUCCAGGGAUAUGAGAGCUGCCAAAGAAUGGGCACCAGGGCAGCAGGCACGCCUUCUCUUGUUUGGGGGCUGCUGAGUUGCUGUUUCUUCUUCGAUUGGGCUCUGGGGAGCCAAAGGCCCUUCCGCUCUCUGCCUCCACUAUCCUCCCAAGCCAAGCCAGGACCUGGGCCCACAUGGAAGCCCCCGCAGGGGGCCAACGCAGCCCUGGCUUUUCUUUACUCUGGAGAUGUCCAACAGCUGUCAGGGGCUAAUUGCAGUGAGAGUUAUGAAGUCCGUGGGGCAGAAGGCAGAGUGGGGAUCCCCCCAGUCCUACAGAGAGCAGCGGGCACCCUGGCCCAGGCUGCCAAUUUCCUCAACAUGCUUCUACAAGCCAACGACAUCCGAGAGUCGAGUGUGGAGGAGGAUGUUGAGUGGUAUCAGGCACUUGUCCGAAGUGUGGCAGAGGGGGACCCAAAAGCCUACAGAGCUCUACUGACCUUUAACCCUCCACCAGGGGCCAGCCACCUUCCGCUGGCCCUGCAGGCCACCCGGGUGGGGGAUGAGACCAUCCUUCAGGAUCUGUCUGGGAACAGGGUACAGGAAGAAAAUCCAGAAGAGGACCUGGACAGCCUUGGCUUGCAGAAGCGAGUACUGACCAAUGACCUAAGGAGUCUUGACAGCCCCAAGUGGCCACGGGGAGAUGGAUAUGUAGGGGACAUACAUCAGGUGAAGCUGUCUCCUCCUUUCCUGGAAUGCCAUGAGGGCCGGCUCCGUCCUGGCUGGUUAGUCACAGUCUCAGCCACAUUCUAUGGACUCAAGCCAGACCUCACCCCGGAAGUCAGGGGGCAGGUGCAGAUGGACGUCGACCUCCAAAGCGUGGACAUCAAUCAGUGUGCAAGUGGCCCAGGCUGGUACUCGAACACCCACCUGUGUGAUCUCAACAGCACUCAGUGUGUCCCUCUGGAGAGUCAGGGCUUUGUCCUUGGCCGGUAUCUCUGUCGCUGCCGACCUGGAUUCUACGGGGCUAGCAGUUCUGGGGGGUUAGAGGAGAAAGCAAGUCAGUCUGCCGGCCAAUUCGGGUCCCCACAAGGCAGCUUAGGGAAGCUGCUGCGGUGCCAGCCGUGUCCUGAAGGCUGCACCAGCUGUCUGGAUGCCACACCAUGCCUGGUUGAGGAGGCCCUGGCACUGAGGACGGCAGUGCUGGGCUGCCAGGCCUGCUGCAUGCUGGCGGUCUUCCUGAGUAUGCUGGUUGCCUACCGUUGCCGAGAGAGCAAGAGGAUCCGGGCAUCUGGAAUCUUCCUGCUGGAAACCAUCCUUUUUGGAUCCUUACUUCUCUACUUUCCUGUGUUCAUCCUCUACUUCAAGCCCAGUGUGUUCCGCUGCAUCGCUCUCCGCUGGGUCCGGCUGCUAGGUUUUGCCGUCGUCUAUGGGACCAUCAUAUUGAAGCUUUAUAGGGUGCUCCAGCUGUUUCUGUCUCGAACAGCCCAGCGGGGUCCACAUCCAAGCAGUGGGCAGUUGCUGCGGCGCUUGGGGCAGCUCCUCCUGUUGGUAUUAGGCUUCCUGGUUGUGUGGACGGCGGGCGUCCUGGAGCCAGGCAUGGAGCACACACCUCUGGUGACCCGAGGCCACACUCCCACGGGCCGCCACUUCUACCUCUGUCACCAUGACCACUGGGACUACAUCAUGGUUGUGGCGGAAAUGCUGCUGCUGUGUUGGGGCAGCUUCCUCUGCUAUGCCACCCGGGCUGUCCCCUCAGCCUUCCAUGAACCGCGCUACAUGAGCAUCGCCCUGCACAAUGAGUUGCUACUCUCUACUGUCUUCCACACAGCCAGGUUUGUGCUGGUUCCUUCCCUGAACCCAGACUGGACACUUCUCCUCUUUUUCCUCCAUACCCACAGUACAGUCACCGCCACACUAGCUCUGAUCUUCAUCCCAAAGUUCUGGAAGCCAGGGGCGCCACCCCGAGAGGAGAUCUUGGAUGAAGUGUAUGAGGAUGAGCUGGACCUGCAGCGCUCAGGCUCCCACCUCAACAGCAGCAUCGCCUCAGCCUGGAGUGAGCGCAGCCUGGACGCAGGGGAUAUUCGGGAUGAGCUCAAGAAGCUCUACGCCCAGCUAGAGGUCCGCAAGACCAAGGAGAUGGCGGCUAACAACCCCCACCUGCCCAAGAAGCGGAGCAGCUCGCGCCAGGGCCUGGGCCGCUCUUUCAUGAGGUACCUGGCCGAGUUCCCAGAGGCCCUGGCUAGGCAGCACUCCCGGGACUCGGGCUCUCCAGGCCGCGGCAGCCUGCCAGGCUCUUCUAGACGCAGGCUUCUCAGCUCCAGCCUUCAAGAGACCGAGAAGCCACCAACCCUGCGCAAGACCCGCAGCACCUAUGUCCACCACAGGGAGCAUCCCACACCUCUCCUUGACUCCACACUGAGCAGAACCCUGUCCAAGAAGGCCUCGCCCGCCUCGCCGGCCUCGGAGGGCCCAGCAGAGGGGCCCCCAGCCCUGGGCUUCAGGUCGGCCAGUGCUCACAACCUGACAGUGGGAGGAGAGAAGCCCCCCAGGGCCAGGCCCGUCUCCCUGCAGAAGUCACUCAGUGUUGUGGCUGGCUCCAGGGAAAAGGCUCUUCUCGUGGCCAGUCAGGCCUACCUGGAGGAAACCUACCGGCAGAUAAAAGAGAGAGAGGAGCGCCAGAAGGCGGCCAUAGUGAGCCCCGUGCGCAGGCCGUCGGCCAGGAGGUUGGAGCGGCCUCUGAGGGCUCCUCUGUCAGCCCCGCCUUCCCCGGCCAAGAGCAGCAGCAUGGACAGCUCUCGUACCCCCGGGGGGCCUCGUGAGGAGGCUGGGAGAAGGCUGCCUCACGCCCCCAUCCGGCACCAGGUCUCCACACCCAUCUUCGCUCUGUCUGGGGCCUACCUGGGAGAGCCAAGAAUGCUGUCUCCCACCCCAACCCCCACACUGGCUCCUGUUCCGUUGCCAGCUCUGGCCCCAACCCCCACCUCAGUCCUGGCACCGGUCCCAAUGCCCCCCCAAAGUCCCCCCCUACUCACUUUCAUCUGUCCCUGGGAGAACGCAGAGCUGCCAGGCAAGAAAGAAAAUGUGGUCCAGGAAGGCCCCGCGGGGGCAGAGCAAAGCAGCCACUCACCGGCCUCAGCUCGUACCAAGAUCUGGAGGGCCCUCUCUGUGGCAGUGGAGAAAAGGGGGACUGGGGAGGGUGAGAGGCCUGCAGAGGAAGGACAUGCCCAGGCGGAAGCUGGUGAUGUGGGUGAGGACAAGCCCAAGGUCCUCUCAAAAUCCCACAGCCUCAAGACACCGCUGCAGCAGGGCUCCGUGCGCAGCCUGGGCCUGGCCAUCAAAGCUCUGACCCGUUCUAGGAGCACCUAUAAAGAGAAGGAAGGUGGGGAGGACGGCUCUGAGACUGAGAAGGGAAAGCCUACAGGGCUGAGCAUGGCAGCCCCACCCCGAUCUCCCAGGCUAGGCCGGCCCAAAGCGGUGAGCAAGCAGGCUGCCCUCACCCUCUGUGAGGAUGAGGAGUCCCUCCAGAACCAACAGAAUGCUCACACCAGCAGAAUGCUCCAGGUCUGCCACACAGAGGGCAGCAGAGAACAAGAAGAUAGGAAGAAGAAGGCGUCGCCGGCCCCCGGGGAGAGGACCAGCAAGCUAGGGCUUGCUACACUGAGGCAAGUUUUUGGGGACAAAAAUGCUGAACAAGUGAAGGAAUCCUCUGUGGGGGACCAAGAGGUGACAGAUACCACCCUCCGGCCCCUCAGCAGUGCUGACCACAGGGUGGCAGAGGUGUGCCCCUGGGAAGUCACUCCCCCAGGAACGUGCCAGCCAGAGAAUAGCACCAAGGCCAAAAUCUGCCCCUGGGAGGGGGCCGAAGGCGGCCUUGAGAAGACUCCAUCAAGACAAGUUCUAAGUAGCUCCUGGGAAGGGAGGGAGAAAACCUCGGAGGGUUCAGGACCUGAGGGUGACGGUGCCCUUACUGGGGAAAAGCCAGAGAGGCUUGUCCGGAGCCUGGAGGCAGUGUGUCCUUGGGAAAGUGCUGACCCUGGAGGUCUGUCUCCUCAGUUAGCCCAUCAGGACUCUGACAGAACCCAGGGCAGGUCUGCAGCAGUGGGCAGUACAGAGGUGAGGAAGGGAGAAAGGCACCCAGAGGUUCUCCCACCCGAGGCUGCCAAGGCUGAACUGUGCCCCUGGGAGCUGAGUGACGUGGGGGAGGGGACAUUGGCCCAGAGAGUGAAGGAACCCCCCGAAGAAAGGCCGAAAGCCCCCAAAAAGGGAACUGUCUGGAGCGAACAGAAUCUGGGCAGAGACCUGGUGACUCUUUGUCCUUGGGAAAGUACAGAUUUUCGGGGUCCCUCAGCAGUCUCACUUCAAGCCCUGGGAAGCUCAGGGGGUCUGGGCAGUGAUAGUGCAGAGGUCUGCCCAUGGGAGGUAGGAGAUACACCUAAUGACAGGAAAGCUGAGGUCUGUCCCUGGGAGCUGAGAGCAGAAACUCUGAAUCCGGGAACUGACAGGGAAUCUCUCCCAGGAAAGGAGACUGUCUCCGGAAAGGGGUACUUGGGAGACAUGGGGGAGCAAACUGCGAGGACAGUGCCUAUAGUCUAUCAGGGGCAGGAGUCAGUGUGCCCCUGGGAGGACCCAGCCCCUGAGCAGUCCAGCCCCCACCCAGACAACAACUCAUCCAAGGCUGCUGUGCAGUUCCUAAGCAGUGGGGGCGGCCAGGUGCUGCUGCAAGUGUGUCCUUGGGAAGCGCUCGAGCCAGAGGCAAAGCAGGCAGCAUCCUCAACGGCAGAAAUCUGUCCCUGGGAAGAAGAUGGAAGAACCCAGGACAGGACAUCAGAACACACACCCAAAGGAGGAGAAUCUCAAAAAGACAAGGAGAAAAUACCCAGAAAAGCAAGAAUCCAAACAUGGGAAAAGGCUGGGGGGCAGAUCCAAAAGCAGGAAGCAAUCUGCCCCUGGGAGAGCAUGGACCCGAGCAGCACCCCGCAAAAAGACUCAGAGAAACCCCAAGCCACUCUCCAGAGGCAAGGCAGUAUGGGAGGCAAAGGUGCUGAGAUCUGCCCGUGGGAUGUGGAGGAGGGCCUGACAGCUGAGAAGGCCAAGAUCUGCCCCUGGGAGGUGGGUGCUGGGGCCAGAGAGGAAAGGACUGUGGGAGCUGAAGCCUGUGGAGUCUCUUGGAACGAUACAGGUCAGAAGACGUCUGCAGAUUCAGGACCCAGGCAGAUACCUGCUACUCCAAAGAAGCCAGAGAGGCCAGGCCUGGAGAGGGAGGUGGUCUGUCCCUGGGACAGUGAGGCUCCAGAGGACUCUUCUCAGCAUCCAGAUGCUCUGAGCACUGAGGAACCAAAAGACGGGCUCCAAGAACUGAGCUCCAGGCCAACAGAGGUGUGUCCCUGGGAAGCGAGCGAAGGCACCGUGGUGAAAGGGCUGGGGCGACAGAUAGGGAGUGAGCCGGCGGAGCAAGGGCCAAAGGAGCUGGAAAAGGUGGGACUUCCCUUCCCAGUGGGGACAUCAAAAGGGGGCGCAAAACUCUGCCACGGACAGGAAGCUAUCAGUCCUUGGAAGGACGAGGACUGGAGGAAGCCAUCUGCCCAGGUCCCCACGGUCUCAGAUUUGCCCAGCAGCAUCAGCAGUCAGGCAGCAGAGGGGCAGUCCUCAGAAGCGAGUGACAGGGCGAGAGAGAAGGGCAGCCUGAGACAAAGCCUGGAGGCGGGCUCCUGCCCAGAACACACCCCCCAAGGAAAAGCGACAGCUUUGAAAUCACAGUUCCCUGUUGACGGAGGAGGAACAAGCAAAGAGCUCCAGUCUGUCUGCCCCGGGGAGAGCAGGAUGCCGGCAGGCCCCUCUCUCCACCCUCAAGGUCAGUACUCUGACCAACCUAGAGCCAGCUCCCAGACACUGGUCAGUACUGGCAGAAGAGUUGCUGAGGUGUGCCCAGGGGAUGCUCCGGUCCCAGAUCAGUAUGACCCUGACAGUGACACCAAGGUCUGUCCUUGGAAGGUGACGGGGAGAAUUAUGGAGACACAGACAUCAGAACAGGAUGAAAAGGAGGAAUCUCAAGAGGAAAAAGAAAGAGCCCCUGAAAAACCAGAACCCGAAGGUGUGGCAGACCAGAAAAUGCCACAGACCAGGAACUUUGGGGAGCCAGAAGCUAUGUGUCCCGGGGAGAGUCAGGACUUUGGGGUGCAGCCAGCCACUGGUGCUUCUGAUGGAAGCAAGGGCAGUUCUGAGAAAGUGGGCUGUGUGGGGGUCAGGCUGGCAGAAGUGUGUCCUUGGGAGGUAGAAGAGGUUCCCUCUGCCAAGAAAGUGGAGCUCUGCCCUUGGGAAGCCAGUCCAGGAACAGUGGGGGAGGGGGCACUGGACCAGGGGCAGGAUGGAGAGUCCCAAGCCAGUCCAGGAACAGUGGGGGAGGGGGCACUGGACCAGGGGCAGGAUGGAGAGUCCCAGGGGGCUGGAGGGCCUCAAGGACACUUUUUAGAAGCAGCAGCAGCGGUCUGCCCCUCAGAAGGCACAGCAACAGCAGGGCUCUUCCCGGAGGCAGACACCCUGGGCACAGACCACCCCAAGGUCAGCCCCCAUGGAGCAAGCAGCCCAGGGCAGAGGCUAGCAGAAUUAUGUCAGUGGGAAGUGACAGACCCAGAAGGAAAUAAAAUCAAGGGCACCAUGGCAGACAUCUGUCCAUGGGAGGAAAGCAGAGCCCCAGCUGAUGAAUCAGGCCCCCUGGCUUUACCAACAACCCAGACAGAUGUCCUUGCUGCCCCCGAGAAAUCACUCUGCCUCUAUGUACACAGACCUUUGGAGCCCCUUCUUCCAGAGAGCAAGAGCGUCCACCCACAAGUAAGCAAGCCACCCAGCGCUCUCCCUCUGGAAGGUGUCAGAGAACCUUUGGGACUUGAGCCUGGAGCUGAGUCAGAUCCAGAGCCAAGUCUCGAAGAAGCGGAGGCUCCGAAGUCUCUCCCCUUGAUUGAAGAUCAAGAGCAAGUGACUUCUGAAGCUCGAGAUGGGGAACCCGGCCCUCCACCUGCUUACCCUUGGGACUGUGAAUGACGGCGCCACAGUGAGGUCAGAGCUCCUUCAGGACACUUCCCAAGCUCCAGUUCCCAAGGGGCUGCCUCAAAGAAGCUUGGCUACCUUUCCCCAAGAGGCCAGAUGGCAAUUCAUUCAAGAAGGGUGCAGCGAGGCCCCCAAGGGAUAUCCCAUCCUCUCCACUUCUCUUUCUGCUUGAGGAAACAAAACUGGACCCUCCCCUUCUAAAGAAUUUUGCUAUUUGUCCAGCGUACCCGACACCAGUCAUUCAAAUCUGAACUCUCACUCAAACGGAGUUUACCCAAGGCAGCGAAGAACCAGACCACACGAGGCAGUGGCGAUCGGGAACUGUGGGCGAGAGAAGGCUAUGGAGCCAUGUGACUUAAGAUGAAAGACAGGGCUAGAAUGUGGCUCAGUGGUUAAGAGCAUGCCCUGCUCUUGCAUGGGACCUAGGUUUUGCUCUCAACACCCAUGUCAAGUGGCUUAUAACCACCUAUAACUCCAGCUCUAGGGAAUCCUUCAAUUUCUUCUG